AUGGAUAAAGCGGACUGGAGGAAUCGAGAGGGCUUGGGACCGGGAACCCCUGACCUGAUAAUGAGCGGAUGUAGGCCUCUAGUGCUCCGUAACACCGUCCGCAGCGGCUGCAGUCGUCCCUUCAAAUGUGGAGACCAGUGCCGCUAUACCUGUGUCCCCGGAUGUGUGAGGCAGCGUGGAGCCACUGUCAGGACGUGUAGACACGGCCGUUACUGGAUCGGCGGGAAAGGACUGAAGUGUUCAUGCAGACCCUGUAGUGGUCCACCCGUGGUCAGGAAUGCCGAGGUUAUUUGGGGCAGCGGCUGCUCGGCACCGUUCACAGCUGGGACAACCUGCAGCUACCAAUGUGACCACGGGUACCGCAAAGUGGGAGGGGCGGAAACAAAGAUGUGUGUCGACGGUGGAUGGAGAGGUUCCAGCCUGGACUGUGACGCCGUCCAAUGCCCGACUCUGACGGCCCCAGCGUUUGGAUCACUGACCCCCUCAGGACCACACUCUUACCCUAACCUGGUCACGUUCACCUGUGAGACGGGAUACGUACUGACCGGCGCUGCUACUACAACCUGCCAAGCGAACGGAACUUGGAGCAACCCUGUUCCAACAUGCACAUUUCCUACAACUCGGGCAACCAUGGUCACGACACCACUAAACGUGAGCUCGUGUGAGAAUCUGACUGUUUUCAACAGUGAUUCAGGCAGCUUUGCCUCCCCGGGCUGGCCAGGGAAUUAUCCUCUCUCUACCAACUGUACCUGGCAGAUCAAUGUUAGUCCGGGAAACAUGGUGCUUAUACGAUUUGACCAAUUUUCCUUGGAGCAUGGCGGUAUGACGUGUAUAUGGGACAGACUGCGAAUUCUUGAUGGACCAAACAUCUCCUCUCCGGUGAUCGCAACUCUCUGUGGUUCGUCAGUUGGUCCCGUCAUCACAACAGGAAGUUCUGCCUUCGUGGUCUUCCACAGCGACGAGUCGGUGACUGAUUCGGGAUUUUUCGCCAACUUUACUGCGCACACUGGCCCACUUCCUACUACUACUCCGGCGUAUGUGACAAAAACAACAUUUGGAGUUGGGACUACGCCACCGGGUGUGUUCUGUGGCAACCCUACUGUACUGAAUGCAAACUUUGGCAGCUUUACGUCACCGGGCUACCCAGGGAACUACCCAAACAACGCUUAUUGUUCUUGGCAGAUAUUUGUCAAUAUUAGUGAAGUUAUCGCCUUCCGGUUUAGCGAGUUUCAUCUUGAGGGCGAAAGUGGCUGUCCCUGGGACUACCUAGCCAUAUACGACGGCUCCGAUACAAGAGCUCCACUUCUGGCCAGGCUAUGUGGUACCUCCGGUACAACAACCUUCACAACAGGGAGGAACGCCUUCGUGGUCUUUAUAAGCGACAGUUCCGUGUCACACACUGGGUUUUCUGUCAAUUUCACUGCUGAAAGCAGACCUGCAACAACACAAGCCAGUCCCUCUGGAAAUGUGACCUGUGGCAACCCUACUGUACUGAAUGCAAACUUUGGCAGCUUCACGUCCCCGGGCUACCCAGGAAACUACCCAAACAACGCUAACUGUUCCUGGCAGAUAUCUGUCAAUGCUGGUGAAGUUAUCGCCUUCCGGUUUAGCCAAUUCGACCUUCAGGACGGAUUUUUUGGAUUUCUAUGUAUCUCGGACUACCUAGCCAUAUACGACGGCUCCGAUACAACAGCACCGCUUCUGGCCAGGCUAUGUGGUACCUCCGGUACAACAACCUUCACAACAGGGAGGAACGCCUUCGUGGUCUUUAGAAGUGACGAGGUCGAGGCACGCACCGGGUUUUCCGUCAACUUCACUGCUGAAAGCAGACCUGCAACAACACCAGCAACAACACAAGCCAGUCCCUCUGGAAAUGUGACUACGCCACCGGGUGUGUUCUGUGGCAACCCUACUGUACUGAAUGCAACCAUUGGCAGCUUCACGUCACCGGGCUACCCAGGAAACUAUCCAAACAACGCUAACUGUUCCUGGCAGAUAUCUGUCAAUACUGCAACAACACCAGCAACAACACAAGCCAGUCCCUCUGGAAAUGUGACUACGCCACCGGGUGUGUUCUGUGGCAACCCUACUGUACUGAAUGCAACCAUUGGCAGCUUCACGUCACCGGGCUACCCAGGAAACUAUCCAAACAACGCUAACUGUUCCUGGCAGAUAUCUGUCAAUACUGGUGAAGUUAUCGCCUUCCGGUUUAGUCAGUUUAGCCUUGAGGGUGGAAGUAGCUGUCCCUGGGACUACCUAGCUAUAUACGACGGCUCCGAUUCAACAGCUCCGCUUCUGGCCAGGCUAUGUGGUACCUCCGGUACAACAACCUUCACAACAGGGAGGAACGCCUUCGUGGUCUUUAGAAGCGACUCGAUCGUGUCACGCACUGGGUUUUCUGUCAAUUUCACUGCUGAAAGCAGACCUGACCAAUUAGCGGACAACUGGAGAUGUGACUUUGAUGAAGAUCAGUGUGACUCCAGUAUUACUGCGGGGAGUUUCCAAUGGAUUCGGUACACCGGCAGUACCCCAUCUGUCUUCACAGGACCAUCAGCAGACCAUACAAAUGGAUCCGGGUUUUAUAUGUACACGGAAGCUAGUAGUGGUUUUACUGGUGCGACGGCAAGUCUGGCGUUACCCAUCUUUCGCUCUGAUGGUCAGUACUGCCUGCGGUGGUUCUAUCACAUGUAUGGAUUGAGCAUGGGAACACUGAACGUCUAUCUCUCACAACCUGGUCAAUCUGACAUGUUAGUGUGGACAAGGUCUGGAAGCCAAGGAAAUGUGUGGUGGCCUGCUGUGACUUAUAUUUCCACCAGUGCUGUUUUAUUUCAGAUUCGGUUCGAAGGUGUAAGAGGAGCUGGCUUCGGCAGUGACAUGGCAAUCGAUGACAUUGCUAUAACAUCUGGUCUCUGUGCCAACUGUUCUGAAGACCAGUUUGCCUGCUGGGACGGAAGCUGUAUUUCCGGCAGCCUAAUGUGUGAUGGUAAUUCCGACUGCCCCUAUGGAAGCGAUGAAGUCUUUUGUAACCAAACGCUAAGUAAAUUUAAGAUAAUCAACGGUGCAUUUCAUUUUACAGCCACGCCUUCUGCUGCCAAAUGUGGAAACAUGUCCGUACUAACGGGAUCCUCUGGUAAUUUGACGUCCCCUGGUUACCCCGGCAACUACCCUAACAACGCCGCCGCUUGUUGGCUGAUAACUGUGAGCUCUGACAUGAUCGUCGUCAUCAGAUUCCCAGCGUUUAACGUCGAAAAUGCGCACAACUGUGUGUAUGACUCCCUGGUUGUUCAUGAUGGUUUAAACGAUACGGCUCCCGUACUUGAAACCCUUUGUGGCCCAUCAGCUAGACCAGUCUUCACCACUGGAAACAGCGCCUUUCUGGUCUUCACCAGUGAUGGUUCCGUGACAGAGGCCGGAUUUUUAGCUACCUUUACUGCUGAGGAUCCCCCACGAACAUGCUCUCCUGAAGAGUUCACAUGUUGGAAUGGGGACUGUGUCAACAUGUCUCUUACCUGUGACGGCAUCAGAGGCUGUUCUGAUGGAAGUGAUGAAAUUAUUUGUGCAAACGUUAACGGUGGUGCGAAGUGCGGUGUUCCGGCUAUACAGCCGACCUUCCCCGUAGCCCGUAUCGUCGGUGGUAACGCUGCCCGCCCGGGAAGCUGGCCCUGGCAGGUCUACUUGCUACAUUACAACUCCUUCCAUUGCGGUGGAAGUCUCAUCCACCCCCUCUGGGUCCUAACCGCUGCACAUUGUGUGGAAGAUAAUCUGUCACCCAGCGGGUACGACGUCAUCCUUGGCAAGUACAACAAACCCGAAUUUAUCACCGACCCAACAGAACAACGAAUACCUGUCUCCAAGGUUAUUAUCCACAGUGGAUACAGCACUAACCCGACAAAUAAGGACCUGGCCUUACUGAAGUUGGCCCGACCGGUGACACUGAACCAGUACGUCUGGCCCGUCUGUCUUGUCUCGGGCCCAGGAGCCGAUCCUCCCGAGGGAACCAUCUGUGUCAUUACGGGAUGGGGAAAUACCCAAGGUACGGGAAACGAGGACGUUCUGAAACAAGCCCGCGUCCCAUUGGUCAGCAAUGAUAAAUGUAACAAGGCCCCUUCGUUAAGCUUAGCUGGCCAAAUCACUGAGUAUAUGAUGUGCGCUGGUUUCUACGACACUGGCGGCCAUGAUACCUGCCAGGGUGACUCUGGCGGCCCGCUUGUCUGUCCGACGGCAGGACGGUGGACCCUUCACGGUGUGACCAGCUGGGGGGACGGGUGCGCUCGACCCCAGUCCCCUGGAGUGUACGCACGGGUCAGCUCCAUGCUGGACUGGGUUCACAAGACAAUGGACAACAAUUAAAGCAAAGACAUUCACCUACCCGGUCUGUUAUUCCUCAGUAGAUUCACAUAUGACCUUUAUACUUGUCAUAUUCAGCAAAGCAUAUUAGCAAAAGAGUGCAUCUUGUCAAAUAUUUCGUGCUGUAUUCAGUAUGUUUAUUGCGUAGCCAUUAUGUAACAUCAUAUAUAUCCAAGAGGCGUGAGAGCCUAAAAUCUUUGCCUUCCGUUUCUAUAUAUGAGUAUGAAUUAAUGUAACAAUGUAACCACAGCUAAUUAAUUAGCCUAUGAUGGUCGAUUUUCGAAGGUAUCCUUAGCAUUACAUAUAGAUCGCAUUAUAUAUUGUAUGCAUUUACUGCACACGAGUUUAAAUCGAAUAGAUAAGAAUUAA